AUGAUUGAAGAACGAAAGGGAGAAAUUGAGAUUAGAGUUAUUGGGAAUGACAGUAGUCGCGAGAGUAUGAUAUUUCUCACCGGACUUAAGAAUAUUUUCCAAAAGCAAUUGCCCAAGAUGCCCAAGGAGUAUAUUGCUCGCCUUGUAUAUGAUAGAAACCAUCGAAGUAUUGCUCUAGUGAGAAAGCCAAUGAAAGUGAUUGGUGGUAUUUGCUACCGGCCAUUUGACGCUCAAGAGUUUGCAGAAAUUGUGUUUUGUGCUAUUGCAUCAACAGAACAAGUCAAAGGUUAUGGUUCCUUUUUGAUGAAUCAUUUAAAAGACUAUAUAUCAAGCCACACAAAUAUGAAGCACUUUUUGACAUAUGCUGAUAAUUAUGCAAUUGGUUACUUUAAAAAGCAGGCAAGUGACAGGUGUGUUGGCUUUACUACAGAGAUUACACUUGAUAAGCGUAAAUGGGUUGGAUACAUAAAGGAUUAUGAAGGUGGUACUAUUAUGCAGUGCACAAUGGUACCAAAAGUAAAGUACCUCAAGGUAUCAGAGAUAUUGGCUAUCCAGAGAAGAGCAGUGCAUGAGAAAAUGAAGGAAAAAUCAACCUCUCACUAUGUGUACGCUGGAUUAAAUAUGCCUGUGGACGAGAAUGGCAAUCGCAGUAUAGACCCGCUCCAAGUCCCAGGUGUCCGUGAAUCGGGCUGGACACCAGAAAUGGAUGCUUUGUCAAAUCGUCCAAGACACCCAUCCCAUUAUAUUAUUAUGCGGCAUUUGGUUUCUGAGCUUAAUGAUAAUCCAUCGUCUUGGCCAUUUUCUGAUCCAGUUAAUGCAGACGAGGUGACGGAUUAUUAUGAUGUUAUCAAGGAACCUAUGGACCUCACAACAUUACACAAUAAUGUAGAAGCAGGCGUUUACAUGACCCUUGAAGAUUUUACCAAAGAUGUUCAAAAAAUAUUUGACAACUGUCGCUUGUACAAUGCCGAGUCAACAAAUUACACCCGCCUGGCCAAUAAGCUAGAGAAAUUCUUUGAAGAGCGACUCAGUGUCCUGACAGCUGAAGACAGUAGUCGAUAA